UUGUGGAAUUCAGUGAGAUUAGGACUCUGCCUCAUUCUUCCCUUGUUCUCUGAGCACAAGUUAUCUCACAGUUUUCUUGCAAAACCGCAGAGAAACCAACACUCAACGCAAAACAUCCACUUCUUCAUUGUCACAGUGUUAUCACACAGACAAAGUGAAGUCAUGUUACGUAGAAGCUCUCGACUGACCGACGCAGGAUACUAUAACCAUCUAGGACAACCAGUCAUUUCCUACAGGGAGACUUCUACCUACAGAAGACCUAAGAGGUUUGCCUCAGACAAUCGAAAAGACACCACCAAGAAAAAGGUCAGGUUUGUACUUGAGGCCAAAGAGGCCAGCAGGGUCAGCGGGGCCAACGAGGACAGCAGGAACAGCAGGAACAGCAUUAAUCGCUGGCUGUUCUUCAUGCUGUUCGUGAGUCUUGGAAUUGUAUACUUCACCCUGGCUAUAUCCAUGAACAGCAACUCUCUGGAUACGGUCUUGAGCAGAACUGAAGGUCUGGAGCAGCAGAUGAGAAUGCUGCAGGUGGAGAUGCUGAGGAUCAAAGAGCUGCCAUCAUGGGACUCCAUGCCCAACUUUGCUCUGGAGUCGCAAGGGGCCCGUCUUUUAGCUCAUGUAUCCUCGAAAACAUACCAGAGCACAGAACCAACCUUUUCCAUUCCUAUCUGGAAUUUCCCCAUACCUUUUUGGAGACCAGCUGCAGACCCCAGUAUUGUGACUCAGGCAGGACCAAUCGUGGUUGGACGCUGCUGGCCAUUUCAUGGUGAGAGUGGACAUUUAGUCAUAGCUCUGUCCCACCCAGUCAACAUCAGCCAUGUGACACUGGGUCACAUUUCAAAGACCGUGUCGCCAACUGACAACAUCUCAAGCGCCCCAAAAAUGUUUGCUGUCUAUGGCAUGAAGACUGAAGAGGAUGAAGGUACCCUACUAGGAACCUUUCUUUAUGAUCAGGACGGCGAGUCAUUGCAGACUUUCAAACUGUCUGAGCAGGAAGCAGGUGUCUUCAACCAUGUGAAGCUGCAAGUCGAGAGCAACUGGGGAAAUCCUGACUACACUUGCCUCUACAAUUUCAGGGUCCAUGGGACCACAUAGAACAGUGUUUGCUCCUAUAUAUAGUUAUAAUAAAAAUAAAUUGUAUUAUAAAUGUU